AAAAUAGCAGUUUCUAAGACAAUGCAAAUUUUUCUAGCAUGGAAUAUGUGUAACUGAGGUGCUGGAUUUUAUUUAUCAAUGAAUUAUGACUGCAGAAGAUCGCAGUGCAAAGAUUUGGAGUGCAAUCAGGGGCGGACUGACCAUUUGGAACCCGGGCACUGCCCGAGGGCCCGGGAUGCCCCUGGUACCUUUUUCAUAGGCUUCUUUGAGUUUGGGCAAGGACACAGGGGCCCCAUGAUCCCCUAUUGCCCGGGG